CCGCCAAUGUGAGUUGCAGAAGGUGUCAAGUAAUAUAUACGAGAUGUCAUAACAAAAGAGUUACCAUUUAUAUUGGUACCAAGGUGUACCUGUCUUAGAACAUCAAAAUGGCAACAAUAGAGAAGCUAAUCAAGGCGUUUGAGGCCUUGAAGGUGUUCCAACCUGGAGGAAUCACUUCAGACGAUUCUAAGAAAAAAGACCAAGCUGUCAGCAAGAAGGACAAAAUGGUCAACUGUAAUGUAGUGGCUGAUUGCAUCUGUGCCCCUAACAUGAGAGCUAUCAUUGAUUUCCCGAAAUUUCUUGGUAUUGCUAUGGAAACAUUCCUGAAUCUGUGUGAUGAUGCAGAGUCUGAUGUUAGAAUGGUUGCUGAUGAAUGUAUCAACCGAUCCAUAAAGGUACUUCUGGAGACUAACUUGGGGCGCCUUCAGGUGGAGUUAUAUAAAGAGAUUAAGAAGAAUGGAUCGUCUCGGACCUUGCGUGCAGCUCUUUGGAGGUUUGCCGAGAUGGCUCCCCUCAUACGACCGCAGAAGUGCAGACCAUAUAUGGUGAACAUGCUUCCCUGUCUGGCGAGGAUUUGUAAGAGAGAGGAGGAGGCAGUACAGGAAACACUUCUCAGCUCCAUGGUGAAGAUUUGUCCUGCUCUCAUGGUUUUCGCUAAUGAAUCAGAGAUCAAGGCCUUACUGAAGUCUUUCCUGCCAAACCUGAAGUCUUCGUCAGCUUCGUGUCGGAGGACAGCGGCCACCAGUUUAGUGUUGAUUUGUCAGUACUCAAGGAGUCCGACAUCUUUCUACAACUACCUGCUGAAUGUCUUACUAGACAUGGUCCUUCCCGUAGAUGGAGAACAAGAAUUACACACCCUGAUGGGCGUAGUUUUGUGUAUGCGGUCCCUGGUCCCUCAUCUAGGGGAGGCUACUCUCGCGGAACAGGGACUGAAGGGCAGCUUCGGUGUGAUGACCAAGGAGAAGACAGAAUCUGUCAGCAAAGAUCAGCUCAUCAAGGUGAUCCAGACGCUGUUGCACUUGAUGACCCACAGGGACCACAAUGUAGUGACCGCUGCCCUGGAGGCCUUCCAACAGCUACUACGUAACCCAACCCCCCUAUUAGUGUCCAUCUUGACCGUGCCAGGUACCAUUACCCGGACCCUUGUGUACCUCGCUGACCAAGCCUCCUCCCCCUCCAAUGACUCUCUCCAGGAAGUGCCAUCCUUCAGCAAACUGGCAGAAGAGUCUGGACUUGAGGAUGACACCGACAUCCCGGAUCCUAUGGCUGACCCUGGAGGGGAUUCCUCCGCCGAGGGGUCUUCCUUUGUAUACAACACAUUUGUAGCGCGGGAGGAGUCCGGAGCAGAGGGAGGAUCAGAAGAUGCAAGUCCAGUGGACACACAAGUUAUCGUCACGACAACAGACUCUGAGUACUCUGGAAUCGAAAUCGGUGACCUCAACGAAGACAAAUCAGAAAAGUCCAACAUAACACAGGUCUGCAGUAGUAGUCAAGAGACCUUGCUAAGCAUACAAAGCAUCAGUCCGACUCGCAAACCUUCUCUCCAGAAGGGUGUCAGUCAGGAUCUCAAUGGCAACCCAGAGAUAGAAGAUGUGUUGGAGGGUGAUCGCAGUCUCCUGCCAUCCCCAGGCGAGGACAUCAGUGCCAGUAUCGGCUCCCUCACAGACCGACAGCCUGCUAUUGUGUACUGUAUACGUUUUAUAGCCUCCCGUUUCCUGUUGUCUGGGUGUAAGCGUGUGUUAAAGCCGGACAAGACUGUACGUGUCAGCGUCAAGUCCCUGGCUCUCACCUGUGUCAGUUCAGCUGUGGCCAUGUAUCCUCAGCUGUUCCUUCUAAACUUGUUCACCGACGUCUCACAAGACCUAGACCAGGAGAUUCAGGAUGUGUUGUUAUAUGCCAAUCACCCAGACCCCCAGCUGAAGGGUAACACUACACAGAUAGCCGCGAACCUCAUCACGGCGGCCUUGAAAGAGAGUAGGGGAAACUUCAUCAAGUGGCUGUCCGACUCUCCCGGCAAAGUGACUGACCUGAGUGUCCAGUCCUUGGUGGACAUCAUACUGGACAUUGUGGAGGACAGUUCGUCAGUAGCUAUAAGGCUGGCCAUCAUCUCACUACAGACCUGUAUAAGUCCUCUGUUACAGAGUAUUCACAGUGAAUUGGCCCUGUUAGUCUUACUCAAACUGAUGGAGGUCAGGGACAACCCCUACUGGCUGGUCAAGACUGAGUUGCUGGAAUUGCUGAGUAGCAUCAACUUUAAGAUCCUGGUCCAUCUGGAGUCGUGUUGUAUAGCUGCCCAAAGGGGAGAGCGUCACUAUCUCGGGAAGCUGAACCUCCAACACCGAGUGAUACAUGAUGUGAUUAUACCACUACUGGGGAAUGAAGACCACAGGGUACGACACAGCGCUGCACAGACACUUGUCAAAGUGAUCCCCCAGUUGUUCUUUUCGGCCGACCAUUGCCAGCAGGAUCCUGUGAUUUCCGUAGCUAAGGACCACACUGGGAACCUCCUGACCCCAGAUCUUCCCUCAGCCUCGCCACCCCUAGUCCAGGGCCUUGUCAAACCCUUCCAUCUUGGAGCCGAGCCUGUGUCACUCGUACAUGUGGAGAGUAACCUGUCGCGCGUCGUCAUGGCGCUGCUCCAUGAACUCAAUCUAUCUAAUGUUAAACACAAUACGUAUGGAUGUUGCCAUGCGCUGUGUCUGUUGUCUGUUUGUUUCCCUGCUACCCAGUAUGCUCACUCCUGGGGAUGUGGUCCUCCCACGCCGCUCGUCCCCCGCGACAGCAGUAAUAGGAUGGUCAUGAGGCGUCCACCAAGUCGCUCUCUAAGUGGAUCAAGUACAUUCAGUUUGGACGAGAUGUCCGGAGGGUCAGGUGGAGGACCGCUGACCAUCAUGCUGUCCUUGCUGACUUCGUCUUUGGUCAGUCUUGACCUCUCCGCUCACCAUGAUACUCUAAAACUGGCUGGCAAUUUAGUCUCAGGGGCUGCCUACAAGUGUCUCCGAAAUAUAGACAGUUACAGCAACAUGGCCGACAGCUUCGAUGACACAAAGUGGCAAGGCAUAGCUGAUCGUGUCCUGUUUCCUCUUAUAGAACAAUUUCUUACUCACAUAGCCAGGUUGUUGAAUGCUUGCUGCCACGUGAUAGAUGAACAACUACCUGGCCCUCCACAAAUCAAACCCUCCUUGCCCUCGCUCCCCACGGCCCCGUCUCUCAGUCCUAUCAAACGUAAGGCCAAGGGGGAGAAGGAUGGAGGUAGUACUCCUGGUACCCCUGGGUCAUCUGAAAAGUCCACACCCAAACAACAGAAAGAUAAAGACAAGGAACCAGAAAAGGAGCGUAACAAGAAGGACGGCCUGGGGACGUUCUACAGCCUACCACAGUACAUGAAGCUGUAUGAAGUUCUCAGGGGAGCUUACUCUACCUACAAGAUAUCCUUAGACCUAGCGACAACUGAUAAGUUCUGUAUCCUGUUGAAGUGUACACUGGAGUGUUUGGCCCAGGUCCUGGAGAUCGCCAGUUUACAAGACAUAGGGAAAUAUGCAGAGGAGCUCCUGGGAUAUCUCAGGACAACAGUAUCUCUAGAACCCACCUGUACCAUACUGUGUGUACAGCAGCUUCUGAAGGCGCUGUUUGGUACAAACCUCGUCAGUCAGUGGGAGCCACAGCAGGCCACUAACGUGUCACACAAACCCGGUAAGGCAACGCGACUGACCUCAAACACCAGACCAGGUCUCUACAGCCACUGUUUCACCCAGCCCUACUCCCACUUCACACAGUCCCUAGCAGCAGCCACCUUUAAGGCCACCGCUCAGACUGAGCAGGAGGAGACAACCAGUAUGUUAAAUGGCUUGAAGAAAUGUGUGGAAAGAAAACUCCCGGCCAUUUUGAAACCUGGGAGUAAAACAGAUAAGGCGGCCAUAGCUGCGUACAUUCGUCUGUUUGAGCCACUGGUGAUCAAGGCCCUGAAACAGUAUACAGUGACAAGUUGUCUGGAGCUUCAGCGACAGGUCCUCGAUCUCCUGUCUCAACUCAUACAACUCCGAGUCAACUACUGCCUGCUUGACUCAGACCAGGUCUUCAUCGGAUUCAUCAUCAAACAGAUUGAGUUCAUAGAGGAGGGCCAGAUCAGGAACUCCGAUAGUCUGAUACCGAACUUGUUUAAUUUCCUGGUGAUGCUGUCCUACGAGAAAUACCACAGUAAAUCUAUUAUUGGAAUGCCAAAAAUUAUACAGUUGUGUGACGGCAUCAUGGCAAGUGGACUUCAUCCUACAACACACGCUAUUCCUGCCCUGAAGCCUAUCGUGUAUGAUUUGUUCCUGCUGCGAGCUGCAAAUAAGUCGGACAUCAGUCGUGAGCUGGAGACGCAGAGAGAGGUGGUGGUGUCCAUGUUACUCCGACUCAUUCAAUAUCACGAGACCCUAGACCUGUUCGUGAUAGUCCUACAACAGUGUCAUAAGGAGAGUGAGGAACGCUGGAAAAAGUUGUCCAGGCAGGUUACCGAUACCAUCCUGCCUUCAUUAGCCAGACAACAGGUGACAAUAGACAAUAUGGCCGCCCUGGAGACUCUCCAUCGCCUUUUUGAGUCGCUGGCCCCCAUUGUGUUUAGACCAGUAGAUAUCCUACUGAAGACUCUUCUCCAGGAGCCCAUGGAUGUGGCCUCCGUCGAGAACCUCCAGCGCUGGCUGUCUCUCGUGUUGUCUGUCCUACGCGUCCUGAUGGCACAGUCCAAAGAGGAAGUGAUCCUCUCACGCAUGCAGGAAUUAGGACUUGGUUUGAAUGUGUUCAAGGUGCCUAGUCGGGAGAUGACUUCUGAGGAGAGGGAUCUGGCCCUGGUCCUCCUACCGGAGGAGGUGAUUGCUUGGUUCCUGAUCCAGGUGAUCGGAAACUGUGCCAGCUUCAUCAGUCAGAAGUGUGAGCUGACUGGACACUCUUCAUCGUCCACCCUGUUUCUCACUCAACAACUGUCCCAGCUUCUUCUCUAUGUCACCCACAUGUUCCAGUCUGGUCUGUUCAGGAAGGUUGCCACGUCCGCCAUGAAGGCCUCUCACCUUGACACCCCUCACUGUUACCAUAGUAUCCAGCAACUCAACCACAUGUUUCUGUCCGUCUCCAUGACGCUGCCCACUCUCACCCUCCAAUGGUGCAACAUCCUCAUCCUCCUAAACUUCGAUGACCAGUCACUGUGGAGUACGGUCAUGCAGACCCCUAAACGCUUCCUCAAGCCUGGCAGUAGUCAAUCGUCUGACCUUGAGGUACAGGUGUCCCCUAUGACUCACUGUUGUAACCUGGAGAUCCUUCGACGUGGCGGUCUGGUCCUCUUCUGUGAUUAUGUGUGUGAAAAUCUCACUGAAGCAGAACACAUGACCUGGCUGGUAAUCAACCAUGUUAGUGACAUAAUAGCUCUGUCUCAGGAGUCGCCGGUCCAGGACUUUGUCAGUGCCAUACACAGAAACUCGUCUGCCAGUAGUUUGUUUAUACAGGCUAUACAUGCUAGGUGUGAAAACGUCUCAAAACCGUCACUAGUGAGGAAGACGAUGAAGUGUCUGGAGGCGAUUCACCUAUCACAGACGGGCUCCCUCCUCACGCUGCUUAUAGAUAAGUUCCUGAACACUCACCACCUGGCCGUGGCACGCAUCUGUGACAGCAUCGCCUGUAAGAGGGUUGAGAUGUUGCUGGCUGAUAGUGUACAGGAUGCCUUUAAACAGCUGCCUCUCGAAGACCUGGACAAGCUUCUUAAAUACAUGGAAAGCAACAAACUUACUAAACGCCAUGCCCGUCUAGUAUCCCUGCUACAGAAGCUGAGGAUGGAGAUACAACCAGAAGAUAUAGCUGAUAUAGUCAAGGAGAAACCUCACCCGCUGUCUGUCCCCGAGUCUCUGUCUGAUAUACAGAUUAACAAGGAGUGCUAUGUAUCGAUAGUGAAGAACCAGUGUUUCAGUGUCGAUUGUAAUCCAAGAGCAUGUGCCAAGCAACUACAUAAUCUUACAUACGCCGAUAUCCUCUCUAUCACUAUGACCAAGGAAUUUGACCUAUGCAUUCUCCCAGAGUGUAUAUUACUGGGAGCUCACAAUACACUCUUAAAAAACAACGACUCCAGUGAUAUCCUGGACAGUGAGGGCAACAAGAUCCCUCAGGAGCCUGUGUUUGACCCCUUGCUGCAGGCCGCUCAGCUAACCCUUAUACGACACAUAAAUAAUAUCAUCAACAUGCUCCCUACGCCCCACCAAGUGGUCAAGUACGGCACUGACUCAAAGACUGCCAAACGCACACGUUAUCUAGAAAAAAUGGACGACUUUUUCUCGGACACGUCUUGGUCAGAUAUGGUGUUUAUGUUAGUGUCGUCGUUAAACAUUUACAUUCAAACUUUGUCUACGUUUCCUUGGCAACCAGAGGUGCCUGCCGAAUCUCACUGUGAUAUAGGUCAGUUCUGCGUGCUGUGUGCAGAGAUGAUCGACUGGAUGUUCCACCAUGACCUACUACCCACGUCUGAGCGUCUCAACAGCUGUCUACAGUGUAUGUCCCUGAUCCUUCAGCAUCCCCAACUAUCCAUUGUGAUAGGACAGAAACAGCACACCUCCUGGGUGUGUGCACUUACUGGAACAGCCUACCAGACUGUCUACUCGCUAAUGGUGGUCCCAGGAGAGAAGCUGGUUUCAACAUCCGUACAAAACUCAUGUGAUCAUUCCAAGGAAACUCUGAGUGAUUUGAUCAUUCGGGCAUGUGACCAGGUGUCAGAGCUAGUGGAAUUUUCUCAGCGACAUUUGUCGGGAGGGUCCCAGACGAUACCAAGCUUUCUACAACAAAAUCUCAGGAACAUUAUCACAGGUUUAGGAAGACAACCAGUGCUCAACAGUUAUGCCAGAACCCCGUCCAUAGUGUGGAAGAUGGGCUGGAUACCGUCACCAAACGGGGAACCUAAGACCAAGUUACCUCCCCUGCCAGUUGACUUCUUGGAAGAUAAGGAUGUGCUGAGAGAAUAUAUAUUUAGGAUAAACUGCCUCGGUUGGAUAAACCGACAGCAGUUUGAGGAGACCUGGAUGAGUUUGUUAUCAGUUGUUAAUCCGGUAACAAUGCCGUCAAACGGAGAGGAAAUGGUUGUCUCCCCUGAGGAGGAGAUGGAGCGUGCCCAGUGUACAGUGAUGGCAGUAAAGGCGAUCACAUCCCUCCUUAUACAAUCCACGCUAAUCCCAGUACCAGGCAACACCAGCUACAGCUCCUACGAGAUCCGGCCGCGGGACAAGCCCCUUGGUUUCCUUCAUACCAGAUGUGGGAAGAAGCUGACUGUGAUACGAGGUGUGAUCGAACAGGAAGUCCAUAAUCUACACUGUCGUAGGCUGGUGAGGUCGGGCAGUAGUAGUGAUGAGAAGGACCUGCUGAGGUACAUGUUUGACAGUAACUUAGAGAGAGAAAUCAUGUCUGACGACUACACUCUAGGACAGAUUGCAAUAGAGGCUAUAUGGUCAGUUGUCGGGGCACUUGAUUUCCACAUAGCUGAAUCGGACACGACCGAUUCCCUAGAUAGCCCCACCACAGAUUCUCCUGACACACCUGGCCGGUCGCGCCAACAGUUUCCGCUGCUGUCAUUUGAAAGAGAGCGUCGAGAGCGGUCAGUGAACCUCAGUGGACUGGACAUACACUCCUGUCUCCAGUUUUUGUUAGAGCUGUAUGGUCAAUGGAUGUUGACCAAUCCCAGGCCACCCCUUAUGCUCAAGAAUGAGGUUGUCAAGUCGAUUGUGUGCCUAUCUGACCUGUUUAUGGAGAGGGAGCAGUAUGAUUGGAUGCAGGAAGUUCUACUGGACCUAUACAAGACCCAUCCACAGGAGGACGAAGUUCUGAUGCAGUAUCUCAAUGUGGGCAUCUGUAAGGCUGCAGCUGUAGUAGGCAUGGACAAUGCCACAACAGAGAAGUUGAUGAAGAUCAUUGACGCUGGCUUCAGGAGUCCCCACUUACCUAGCCGAAUCGGGGCUCUCCACGGAACUCUCUAUCUACUGGAGGCAGGAAUACAGGAUGUUACCAAGUUACUUGUUCCCUUAGCAACAGAUUUCCUGUUACGAAAUUUAUCAUCGGUCAGCCAGACCUGUAUCACCAGUCAGAACUACAUGCUCACCAUGUGGUCAACAGCGUUCUACAUCAUGGAGAACUACCACAUCGACCUAAAAGACCUGGAGUUCCCCAGUAAAGUCCUCCAGUUGGCGGUGAUCACAGCAUCGGGCAGUGAAGACAGCGUAUCUACGGCGGUAUACCUGGCCAUCCUCAAGGGUCUAGAACGUCUCCUCCUCACUGACGUCCUCUCUAAACAGGACGCUGAGGCCAUCAUCAAACUCGGGGUCGACAGGUUGUGUCUGCCGAGUCCACAGAGGUCACUAGCGGCCCUAGGUCUCAUGUUUACCUGUAUGUACUCUGGUAAACAGUACGACCAGUAUAGUCCGUCCCCGCGUGAGGUGGAGCCCGGUACCACGGCCUACGACUUUGAGGUGGUGUACCAGGACCCUGAGUCACUCAUUCUUGCUAUGGAGCGAGUCACUGUGCUGUUUGACAGGAUAAAGAAAGGCUACCCUUACGAGGCCCGUGUAAUCUCAAGAGUACUGCCAACAUUCCUGGCCGACUUCUUCCCACCUCAGGACGUGAUGAACAAGGUCAUCGGGGAGUUCAUUUCCUCACAGCAGCCGUACCCUCAGGUUGUAGCUAAGGUUGUGUUCCAGGUGUUUGCCAACCUCCACCAGCAGAAGCAGCAGACUUUAGUGCGGGACUGGGUGAUGCUGUCCCUGUCCAACUUUACACAGCGCACACCCAUCGCCAUGGCAAUGUGGAGUCUGACCUGCUUCUUCAUCAGCGCCUCAGUCAAUCCCUGGUUACGAGCCCUCUUCACUCACGUGAUAAGACGGAUGGGAAGGAUGGAUGUAGUUGAUCGGCGCCUGUUCUGCAUCACUGCCAUGGACUUUUACGAACAGCUGGUAGACGAUAGCCAGCGUCGCGCAUUUACUUCAACUUUCAUGGCGGUGUCCCAGCCAGGCAUUGUCUACCAGGAACUGCUUCAACAUAUCAACAGUCUGUCAAAGCCUUAGGACGAAGUCAUGUCUGGUAUUCUACCCAUGCACUAGGACAUUGACAGUCCUAAGUCUGAAGUUGUGCAGUAGAACGUUCACCGUCCCAAGUCUGAGGAAAUGUAGCAGGACAUCCACUGUCCUAAGCCUGAGGAAGUAGGUUUGAGAAAAUACAGAAAAACAUCCAAUUUUUGGGAAUGGUAGAGGUGAUACAGCUUCUAUGAUCCUCAGAUUAACAGACGGACAAAGGUGCCAAUAUUGCCAACAACACAAUCUAUAGUGCUUCAAAAAUGACAGGAGUUGCUUCCCCUUGUUAUGCAAUCAACCCGCUGCUGCUUCAGCUACCAGGUGUAGUGCUUUGAGUUCCAGGUGUAGUGUUGUAUCAUCUAGCAGAUAUUUCAUUGCCUUAUAUAUACAGUGUGGUGCCAGUUUAUAAUGCCUAGUAUAUCUCACCAGAAAUAAUAACAUUUACAUGGAAAUCAUUGGAUUAAAAUCAGCCAGAUGUUGUUGGUAUCGUGAAAAUUUACUUUUAUGAACUGUAUACUUCCUUUGUGAUAGAUUUCGAUUCAUGUACUUGCCCUUUGGAUUUGUCACCAUUGAAGACGACAACCUAAAGUGUGUCUGUAUAGGUACCUAGUGUUCUAAUCAUGCUGCUUACUGUCAAAAUAUCCAAUCAGCAGAGGUUUUACAGAGCAGAUAACCUUAUUAUCCAAUCAGCAGAGCUUUUACAUAACAAAUACCUUUAUUAUCCAAUCAACAGAGGUUUUACUUGUCAUGUAAGUUAUCAUCCAAUCUAGAGGCUUCUUAAAUAGGAUUUAAUGUACUAGUUAUCAUGUUACGAUGUAUUAGCAAAGUUAUGUUAUCAAGGUCAAUCCAAGGUCAAGGUCCAGUGUAUAAAAUGGUUUGUAUGUGAUACGGUAUAUGAAGACAGUCAUGAAAUGUUGACAUUCCUUUCUAGGGAAGGCUAUUCACUGAAUAUAUUAUCCAUUCCUUAACAUUGGAAAACACUGGACAUUCCUUCAUCAAGUUGUUCUAAGUUUGCCUUUAGUUAGGUAGAGAGAUUGGUUCUGAAUGUAUUGGAAGCAUCGUAAUGUGGAUUUAAAAGUAUUUGAAGCAAUGCAAUGUGGCUCUGAAAGCAUACGAAUCAUCGUGAUGUGGUUAUGGAAAUAUUUGAAGCAUUGUAAUAUGCCUCUCAAUGUGGUUCUGAAAGUGUUAG